GACCGGCACCACGACACCUGCACGAAGAAUGUUCUUUAGUUUUUUGAAUGGUUCUACCCGUGUGAUUUAUUUAAGCUUUCAAAAUGAUCAGAAAACUUUUUAUUGUCCUGCUUUUGUCGUCUGAGACUCUUGGAGAAGCAAAGGAAUCAUUUCUCAGUUUUCCAAAUGUCGAAAAGACUGAAAUACUUUUUUUCACAAAGACUGAAGAAACCGUUGUUGUAAGGUCAAGUUACAGAGGUAAACAACCAAACUCCAACUACCUCUUUGUGCAGCUAGAAGAUCCUAAAAUGCUGCAAGUGGUAAAUGUGACCAAGACCUCAUCGGAUGUUACGAACUUUACCAUAAACCUGGUGACGGUUGAAAACGGAGAGACAAAUUUAACCAUUCAGCUGUGGGAUUCUGCAGGUAGGCAAGAAAGACUCAUUGAAGAAAUAAAGAAUGUCAGAGUCAGAGUGCUCAAACCGAGACAAGACAACCUUUUCCGGGCCUCAAACCUUAUGGACAGAAACAUCCUAAUGCUUUUUCUACCAAUGAUACUGUUAAAUAAAUGUGCGUUCGGCUGCAAGAUCAAAUUCCAGGUGUUUCAAAUGGUAUGGAAGAGACCUUUGCCAAUAAUUCUUGGGGCAAUCAUACAGUUUUUUCUUAUGCCAUUUUGUGGAUUCCUUUUGACGCAGAUUUUGGCAUUGCCUGAGGCACAGGCUUUUGGAUUUGUAAUGACCUGCACCUGCCCGGGAGGGGGUGGGGGCUAUCUCUUUGCUCUGCUUCUGGAAGGAGAUGUCACGUUGGCCAUUUUGAUGACUUGCACGUCAACAUUACUAGCCCUGAUAGCGAUGCCUGCCAAUUCGUAUAUAUACAGCAGGAUGUUAGGGUUAUCAGGUACACUUCAUGUUCCUAUUUCAAAAAUUAUGUCGACUCUCCUUUUCAUACUUAUCCCCAUAUCAGUGGGAAUGUUCAUUAAGCGUAGACUCCCCGAAAAAGCAACCUUCCUGGAGAGAAUCAUUAGACCUCUGAGUUUUAUUUUAAUGUUUGUAGGGAUUUCUUUGACUUUCAGAAUGGGAUUCGUGUUUCUAAAAACAGUUAAUCUAGAGGUGCUUCUGUUGGGUCUGUUAGUUCCUGUAUUGGGUUUGUUGUUUGGGUACUUUUUUGCUAAAAUUUCUAUGCUGCCUCUUCCUGUUUGUAAAACGGUUGCUAUCGAAGGUGGGGUCCUGAAUAGUUUCUUAGCCUUUGCCGUUAUUCAGCUUUCUUUUUCACAGUCCGAUGCAGACUUGGCUUCUGCAGCUCCUUUUACAGUGGCCAUGUGCUGUGGAUGUGAAAUGUUACUGAUUCUUCUGCUCUACAAAGCUAAGAAGAGAUGUGUCCUUAUCAUAGAAGAGAAAAGGCAAAAAAAUCUCCUGAUCUAAUUGUUAUGCCUGGGUCUGCAGUUCCAGCUCUGUCACCAGGUGGGUGACAUUGGUUAAGUAGCUUAAUCUCUCUAUGUCUAAAUUUAUCUGGAAAGCAGGGAGAAUGAUAGUAUCUACCUCGUGGCAUUGUUGUAAAAAUUAAAUGAGUUAAUAUUAGCAAUGUCCUCAGAAUCAUGCCUGACACAUAGUAAACUCUAAAAUUAUUAUGGUUUCCCUAUGCGUAUUUGCUCUUGCACCUUAAACACAGGUGAAUGUGUCUGAAUUGGAACUUGAAAUAUACUUUAUCAUAUAGAUGUAUCAUGAAAGACAGAUUUUUGCAUAGUAAAAUUAGUCUAAUUUGGAUAAGGAGGAAGUUAUUCAAGCUUUUUUUUUACUUUUUCAAGAAUAAGAGGCAUAAAGUAGGCUGCCUAAUUGCUUGAGUUCAUACCAACAGGUUGUCCUACAAUAAUCAGUUAUCAAAUCUGCAAAGAACAAGGAACUUUAUUUGAAGUCUUAGGAAAUUCACCUCAUUUU